AUGAAAUUGUUUGUUGGGCUACCCUCGCAGUGUACCAGAUUCAUUGAAACAGCUUUACAGGAUAAAACGAACGACCCGAAAUUACGUAGCGUGUUGCUUGAACUUCGUCUUCGUCAGUGGGCUUUACAUAAUGAGUUGUGUCAGAUGUUUAAUUUUGUUCCCGGAAUUGUCGAUAUUUUUACGAAAAUGAAAAGAUAUGAUAAACUCAUUGAAUAUCAUAUGCAGCAGAAUAAGCUUCUUGAAAUCAUUGAUCUGUGCGAAAAACAAGGGUUUGUCUUUUUUUUUCUGUAUUUGCACAAACUUUAUAUUCAUUGUUAA